CGCUUCAUCUUCUCCGAACGCCGUCGAUCACUCCUCAAAUAUCCCUUUCUCUCUCUACCUUUUUCUCUCUCUGGUUCAAGUUCAACCUCAAGCUCACUUUAUUAUAUAUGCUCUCAAAUUGCUUCAAUUCUUAGCAUAAAUCUUGUUUAGAUUCUCUUAUCUCAAUCCGAUUACCGGCGAUGACGACGUCAUUUGGAACCGCGAACACUUCGUCGCUCGUCAAGGAUCCCAAAGUUCAGAUUCAGAGGUUUCACGGUCUCAGAUCCUCUCAUUCACUUCUCCUUGACAAAACUGUUAACGUUUUCUCUUUAUCUCCUUCGAAGCCAUUCGCUAUACGUGCUGUAUCCACGCCACUUAAGACGGAGAUUGCUGCUGAGCCUAAGCGUAGCAAAGUUGAGAUUAUCAAAGAGAAUAGCAAUUACAUAAGAUAUCCUCUUAAUGAGGAGCUAUUGACAGAUGCACCAAACAUUAACGAGUCUGCUGUUCAAUUGAUCAAAUUUCAUGGAAGUUAUCAGCAAUAUGACAGGGAUGAGCGUGGUCAAAGAUCAUACUCAUUUAUGCUUAGAACAAAGAAUCCUUGUGGGAAAGUCCCAAACCAGCUUUAUCUUGCAAUGGAUGAUCUUGCAGAUCAGUUUGGGAUUGGUACUCUUCGUUUAACUACCAGACAGACCUUUCAGCUGCAUGGAGUUGUGAAGAAAGAUCUGAAGACUGUAAUGAGUACUAUCAUAAAAAAUAUGGGAUCGACGCUUGGUGCGUGUGGAGAUCUCAACAGAAAUGUUCUUGCUCCUGCUGCACCAUUUGCAAAAAAAGAUUAUCUCUUUGCUCAGGAAACUGCAGAUAAUAUUGCUGCACUUCUAUCUCCUCAGUCUGGGUUUUAUUAUGAUAUGUGGGUUGAUGGAGAGAAAUUCAUGACUGCAGAGCCUCCGGAAGUGACAAAGGCUCGUAAUGACAAUUCUCAUGGGACGAAUUUCGUUGAUUCUCCUGAACCUAUUUACGGAACACAGUUCUUGCCAAGAAAAUUUAAAGUUGCAGUCACUGUUCCAACAGACAACUCAGUUGAUCUUCUGACAAAUGACCUUGGUGUUGUAGUUGUUAAUGAUGAAAACGGGGAACCUAAGGGAUUCAAUAUUUAUGUUGGUGGUGGAAUGGGAAGAACACACAGGAUGGAGACAACGUUUCCUCGUUUGGCUGAGCCUUUGGGUUAUGUUCCAAAAGAGGAUAUCUUGUAUGCAGUUAAAGCUAUUGUUGUUACACAACGAGAUAAUGGGAGAAGGGAUGAUCGCAAGUAUAGUAGAUUGAAAUAUUUGAUCAGCUCAUGGGGAAUUGAGAAAUUCAGGAGUGUUGUUGAACAGUAUUAUGGAAAGAAAUUUCAAGAAUGCCAUGAAUUGCCUGAAUGGGAAUUCAAAAGCUAUUUGGGAUGGCAUGAGCAGGGAGAUGGCAAUUUGUUCUGCGGGCUUCAUGUUGACAGUGGUCGGAUUAAGGGAGUAAUGAAGACGACAUUGAGGGAAGUUAUUGAGAAGUAUAACUUGAGUGUACGUCUUACACCCAACCAAAACAUUAUCUUGUGUGACAUUCACCGGGCAUGGAAGCGUCCCAUCACCACAAUUCUUGCACAGGGCGGUCUCCUGCAACCGAGAUAUGUGGAUCCACUAAACAUUACUGCAAUGGCUUGCCCAGCUAUGCCCCUUUGCCCUCUUGCUAUAGCAGAAGCUGAGCGUGGCAUCCCAAGUAUCCUUAAGCGUGUUCGUGCUGUAUUUGACAAGGUUGGUCUAAAGUACAGUGAAUCUAUAGUAGUAAGAAUUACCGGGUGCCCUAAUGGUUGUGCUAGGCCAUACAUGGCUGAAUUUGGACUGGUUGGUGAUGGUCCCAACAGCUAUCAGAUUUGGCUUGGCGGAACACCCAAUCAAUCAACAAUAGCUCAGUCUUUCAUGAACAAAGUUAAACUUCAGGAACUGGAGAAAGUAAUGGAACCUUUGUUUUAUUACUGGAAACGAAAGCGCCAAACUAAAGAAUCAUUUGGUGCCUUCACAAACCGAUUGGGAUUUGAGAAGCUGAAGGAACUGGUCGAGAAAUGGGAAGGUCCAUUGCCUCCAUCAUCGAGGUACAACUUGAAACUUUUCACAGAUAGGGAUACUUAUGAAGCCAUGGAUGGACUUGCAAAGCUUCAAGACAAGAAUGCUCAUCAAUUAGCAAUGGAAGUUAUUCGCAAUUACGUCGCUUCUCAAGAGAAUGGCAAAAGCCAUGAAUAAGUAAGUGUUGUUUAGAAUCUCGAGUUUGGUUAUUGUUGAUCGUCUAGAUCUCUGUUACUGCUCGGUAACAGCGAUAACCCGAGGAUUGAAGAAAGGGAAGAACGAGAUUUUUCCAUUUUUAUUUUUGAAUUGUGUUUUGUAACUGUACUUGAGACAUGAGAUUUUAAUUUCAGUUUCAGUUUGUUAUAGACUAAGCUGAAUGUGAAUUGUCUAGAUUAUGUUUGAUGUUGAGAUUUAACUGUUGGUUCUUAGCUUAAUUAUUGUGUUUUAAUUUGUUUUUCUCUUUA